AUGGGUGCUCUCCUGUCUCUCCCGCUUAUGGCGCUGCCGAGUGUCGGCACGCUUGUCACUCUCGGCGGCUCCUGCUGUGGUGCAGCUACUUGCUCUGCAGUAUGCAGUGCAUGUGGGAAAUUUCAGAACAGCAUGGCGACCCGAAUAGCCUAUGCCUUUAUCCUCCUGGUCAACUCCAUCGCCUCCUGGAUUAUGCUCACUCCCUGGGCCCUCAAGAAGCUGCAACAUCUGACGCUUGACUAUAUGGAAAUCAAAUGCGACGGGAAAGAAUGCCACGGCUGGGUUGCAGUGCAUCGCAUCAACUUCGCGCUCGGUCUUUUCCACUUGAUACUCGCUCUCUUGCUUUUAGGUGUGAAAAACUCGAGGGACACGCGUGCUGCCCUUCAAAAUGGAUUCUGGGGACCAAAGGUUAUUGUCUGGCUUGCCUUUAUCGUGAUGUCUUUCUUCAUUCCUGAACCCUUUUUCUUUAUCUAUGGCAACUACAUCGCCUUCUUCUGCGCGAUGCUCUUCCUUUUGCUAGGCCUCAUCCUCUUGGUUGAUCUGGCGCACACUUGGGCAGAGCUCUGCCUGCAGAAGAUUGAGGAUAGCGACUCCCGCCUAUGGCGUGGUCUUCUCAUCGGAUCGACCCUCGGCAUGUACGUGACUUCGAUCGUCAUGACUAUCCUAAUGUACAUUUUCUUCGCCAGAAGCGGAUGCUCCAUGAACCAGGCUGUUAUUACGGUCAAUUUGAUUGUUUUCCUGAUUAUCUCGUUUGUGUCUGUGCAACCGGCUGUUCAAGAAUCCAAUCCUCGUGCUGGAUUGGCUCAGGCCGCCAUGGUCACUGCGUACUGCACGUAUCUUACUUUGUCUGCUGUCUCGAUGGAACCGGAUGACAAUAACUGCAACCCCUUGAUCCGCUCUAGUGGUAGAACCGUCACUAUAGUUCUGGGUGCCAUCGUCACCAUGGCCACUGUUGCAUACACAACCACGCGUGCAGCGACUCAGGGUAUUGCCUUGGGAUCAAAGGGCGGCCACAAUUAUGUCGAGCUAGGUACAGAAGACAAUGAGCACGGGCUAGUAACUCAACAGCCCAGCAGCCGUCGGGAGAUGCGCGCUGAGGCUCUCCGGGCUGCUGUCGAGAGUGGAAGUCUACCGGCUAGUGCCCUGGAUGAGAGUGAUGAUGAGGACGACUUUGAGACCAGCAGCAAGGACGAUGAACGUGGGUCUACUCAGUACAACUAUUCUCUCUUCCACAUCAUCUUCUUCCUGGCUACAACCUGGGUAGCUACUCUUCUGGUGCAGGGCUUGCAAGUGGACACCACAAUGGACUUUGCGCCUGUGGGCCGAACAUACUGGGCCAGCUGGGUAAAGAUCGUCAGCUCCUGGGCCAUCGAGGCUCGUUCCGUUCAUCAAAUCCAGUCCGGCCAGGUGAUCAUCGACCUUUGCUCCGUUGCCAAAGAGCUCAUUGAAAAUAGUCUUGAUGCGGGCGCAACCACCAUCGAGGUACGGUUCAAAAACAACGGGUUGGACUUGAUUGAGGUGCAAGACAACGGAAGCGGGAUUUCGCCGGAGAAUUAUGAGAACGUCGCCCUAAAACAUUAUACCUCCAAGCUCUCCUCGUUCGACGACCUCUCGCGCCUUCACACCUUCGGCUUCCGAGGCGAAGCACUCUCGUCGCUAUGCGCCCUCGCUGACUUUCACAUUAUCACUGCCCUGGUCAAUCAAGUUCCCCGGGCAAAUAGACUUGAGUUUGAAACAUCUGGCAAGCUUCGGAAGACCCAAAUUGUGGCUGGACAGAAGGGCACGACCGCGUCAGUGGAGGGAAUCUUCAAGCGCCUCCCUGUUCGCCGCCGCGAAUUAGAGAAGAAUAUCAAGCGGGAGUAUGGAAAAGUGCUGAAUCUUCUCCAUGCUUAUGCUUGUAUCAGCACUGAAGUACGCUUCAGUGUGCGAAACACCGUCGGUAGGACGAAGAAUGUGGUCGUCUUCUCAACCAACAACAACCCUACGACGAAGGAAAACAUUGCCAAUGUCUACGGCGCGAAAACUCUGUCGGCACUGAUACCACUAGAUCUGGAACUGGAGUUCGAACCUUCCGCUGCCAUGAAACGUGCAGACAGUGACUCCCAGGUCAAUCAGAUGGUGGUCCGUGGUCACAUCUCGCGUCCGGUUUUUGGCGAAGGACGCCAGACUCCGGACCGCCAGAUGUUCUUCGUCAACUCGCGGCCUUGUGGACUACCACAGAUCGCGAAAGCAUUCAACGAGGUCUACAAGUCGUUCAAUGUAUCCCAGUCGCCAUUUAUCUUUGCGAAUUUCGAAAUGGAUACCAAUGCUUAUGAUGUGAACGUGUCGCCGGAUAAGCGAACUAUUCUAUUACAUGAUGCCGGGGCCUUGAUUGAGUCACUCAAAACCUCGCUUACGCGGCUUUUUGAGACGGCAGAUCAGACGGUGCCUCAAUCGCAGUUGCUUGGCUCUAAGGGAGCUAAGCAACAGGCGCUAGGGUCUCUUCCUGGAUUUGUUACCGCUCGUCAAGUUAAUCAGAGAGCUUCCAACUCGCCUGCGCCCCCCGAAAGCCAUCGAAAAGAGGCAGACGAAAUCGUUGAGGAAGAAACAGAAACAUCUCAGCAGGAUGUGCAGAACGAAAUGAUGCGUUUCUUGAGCUCCCAGAAUCGUACCGAUCAUGAGGUAUCGUCUCCUUUGAGAUCUAAAAGACCACCUGACUCGGUAUCAACACCGCCUCGCUCUGCAGGUCUAGAUAGGGCAGAGGUGAAUUGCGCCGCUGUCAAUGCUCAGAUCUCCGAGAUUCAAAAACCACAAUCAACUCUGGAGGAGACACCUGAACCAGGUUGUGGAAUAUCCCCAGAGCCUGCGCCCCGUCCAUCUGGACUCGAACAAGCUUCUACAGAUCAACCGCAAGGGCUCGAGGAGACGCCCAAUGUCAUUCAAAAUGCGUUUGAUCGCAUGCGACCUCGUCGAAUGCCAGCCGAGCUGGCCACCAUCACCAUUGGUGAUCAAACUGUAACGUCUGUGGUUGGUAGUGGUCGCCCGAGAAAGCGCACUUCGGACGUUGGCUAUUCAUCGAAAGAGCCGCCGCAGCGCAAACGACGGAUCCACACCCCCUCUAGGCCUAAUAUUUUUGGAAAACAUAUGAAGGCCUUUGCGGCUCCAGGAACUCAGUCAGAUGAAGACGAUGACGAGGAAGAUGCAGAGGAUUCUACAAGUGAAGUGGCUGAUGAAGAUUUCAUCGAGGAAGAGGCGGAGGAAGUAGAGGAAGAAGCAGAAGUUUCAUCAUCGGAGCCUGAAGACGGUGAUUUCAUUUCUGAUGCAAAGAAUGGUUCCGGCGAUGAGCAGGAACCUGCGGAAGAGGAAGGCACUGUAAAUGUGAAUGACAGCAAUCUUGACGAAGCCGCGAAAAGGGUACAGGAAGAAGAAGUAGUGCAGCGUCUGAUCCAUCAAGCUGAGGAACAAGCCGUGCUUCCGUCCGAACACAAUACCAGCCGAGUCAACAAGAUGAAUAAGGGCGCCGCGCACCGCGAUGCUACUGUCCAUCUCGUCAGCACCAUUGAUGCUUCUCUCACAAAACUGCAGUCUCAGAUGACACAGCUACAACAAUGUCUCCAAGCACGCUAUGCCUCAUCACAUAAGGAAGAUACCGGUCCUGCUGACGACCAGACGGCUGAAGAUCGACUCUCGCUGACCGUGAGCAAAGCCGAUUUUGCUCAGAUGCGCAUCAUUGGCCAGUUCAACCUGGGAUUCAUCAUUGCCGUACGGCCAGGGGAGGACCACGAUGAACUAUUCAUCAUUGACCAGCAUGCUUCCGAUGAGAAAUUCAACUUCGAGCGUCUGCAAGCAGAGACGGUCGUUCAAAACCAGCGACUAGUCCGUCCACAGCGACUCGACCUAACCGCCGUGGAGGAAGAGAUUGUGCUGGAGAAUCGAGCCGCGCUUGAAAAGAACGGGUUUGUCGUGACAGUUGACGAGAGCGGUGACGAACCUAUCGGCCGCCGGUGCCAACUCGUCUCCCUCCCGCUCAGUAAGGAAGUCGUUUUCGGCUCGCGCGAUCUGGAGGAACUCAUUGUCUUGCUGUCUGAGUCGCCAGUCACCAAUGAUCUCUCGGUACCGCGACCCGGAAAGGUGCGCAAGAUGUUCGCCAUGCGCGCGUGUCGCUCGAGUAUCAUGAUCGGGAAGACCUUGACGACGCGACAGAUGCAACGGGUUGUGCGGAACAUGGGCACCAUUGAUAAGCCAUGGAAUUGUCCGCAUGGACGGCCAACGAUGCGGCAUCUGAUGAGCCUUGGACAUUGGGAUGAGUGGGAUGAGUACGGGCCAGAUGAGAAUGGGGAUGAGAAUCUGGAAAGUAGCGUGGAUAUCUGGAGGCGAUACAUGGAAGAGAAUGGGGAAGACGAGGAGGAGGAGCAGUAG